ACCUCAGCAGUUUUCUUGAAGCAAUCUGACCCUUGCUUACUUUUCCUUCGUGAAGGCAUGUGCCAAACUAAGAUACAACUUCGCAAGGACAUUUUCUGACAUUUACACGUCGGUAAUCCUAAUAAUAUCACGCUUGACGUGAUCUUUGAAUGAGGGCCUAUUUAUUUGGAUCGAUGCAUGUCAACGAGCAGGAUGUUAUCACGCAGCUGUUUCGGUUUGACGCGUUUAUGCGAACAGGUCGUCAGAGCUGAGGAGAAAGUAGAGACGCGAGUCACCUUUCUCAGGAGGACCUAACCGAGAUUUUUGCGGAACUCUCCAGAAUGGACAUUGCACUUUUGAAAGAAGAGUACAACUGUAAUAAACGGAAGCAAAUGCUCCAAACACGCGUUGUUUUAUUUAAAAAAGCACCAAACAAUGAAGAAAUUUGUGGCAAGUCCCUUGUUAACAUGGUUCCUGUUAACCAGGAAGUAAAAUAUCCCAAAGUAUUUGAGGAUGAUUUGCCAAUUAAAGAGAUAAAGUUUAAUUUUGUUGAUGACCUUGACAGCGACAAAACCCCUUGGCGCACCCACUUGGGAAUUUAUCGGAUGACCAGUGCUACAGGCAGCAUGUUAAAAGCAUCAGAUACAAAGGCCAGCACAACCACCCCUAACCAUACAAUAAACCUAGCAGCCAGCAAAGACUUUUCUCAGGAGAGUACAGAAUCCAAAGAAGCAGAUUCCAUUGCUUCAGAAAACUUGAAUGGUUGCCAGUUCCUUGAUAGAGGAGGAAGGAGCGAGGACGUCACCCCAGACUCCAGGAAGUCCUCCUCUUCUGAAUACCCAUCAAAAGCCUCCCUGCCUUCUCACAGCUCCGACUAUUAUCCUUUUCCUCGACGAAAAUGCCCAAAGAAGUCAGAGGCUGCUAGGAGGCUUGGGAUGUAUUCAUCAUUUUGAUAACCUUCUGGCAGUGAACCCUAACAUGGGUGUGGAGUACAGCAGGUUUCCUACCUUUCAACUGGCCCCUAACAUGUUUAUUACAUUUUGUUUACAGUCAUGAUUAAACAGAGACUAGCACUGGAGACAGCCACCAGCAUCAUCAUGGAGUUUAAUGGAUAUUGAGAAGAAUGUGGUUGAAUACAAUAUGGACUUGUUUUUCUUUUAAGUUAAUAUUUGCAAAUAAGUUACGGUUCAUUACAUAAAGAUGAGAAUGAACUUGUAUCAUUUAAAGAUGAUAUCUGAAGCUCCAUGUCUUUAAAUCCAGUCAUGAUAUUCUUUCCUCAAGUGAAAAUUAACAUUCACAGGCCAGAUGGAAUUCAGACUCCCCGUGCCAUCAGAUAACCUGCUCUAUGAGUAGAUGAAUAAGUGAAACAAUCAAAUCAAGUCCUCUUUUGUAUGUAGAACUGAGACAUGUCCUAACUAUUGCUAGAGUUGUAUUUUCUAUGGCAUCUAUGCACUGUUUUCAUCACAAGAUCAAUGUAAAAUUAUGAGCAUUAUGGAGAUUUUGUCUAUCAGAUGACAUGAAAAAAUAAAGUGAAAGUUGCUUUAAA